UAUCGAUAACGGCUAAAUCUAGAAGCUGGUCGCGCUCAUGUAUGAACGACGACCAGGACUACACUGCAACAAUGCCCCCCAAAGGUUCCAAACGGGCAUCUCUCGCGGCUCCGUCAAAAACGCUGGUUCUAGACAAUGGUGGCUAUACGCUAAAAGCCGGUAUAGUCUCAUCUGCAAACUCAGAACCGAGCUAUGACACGUGCGCUGUGAUUCCAAACUGCAUCGCCCGCAGUACACGCGACAGACGAACAUACGUUGCUUCAGAGCUGGAGGAUUGCAAAGACUUUGGAGAGCUGGCUUUUCGAAGACCGGUAGAGAAGGGCUUCAUUGUCAAUUGGGAAGCGCAGAAGGCAAUCUGGGAUCACGAGUUCUCGGGCAACAGCGCGGGGGAUGGGCUAAGGUGUGAUCCUAAAGAAACCAACCUACUUCUCACCGAGAGGCCCAACUGCCCUAAAGAGUUGCAAAAGAAUUGCGACGAAAUCGUAUUCGAGCAAUUCGAGUUUGCAGCCUACCACCGUUCCAUAGGCCCAGUCUUCAAUGCGUACCAUCCCUUCGAGCCCAACUCGCUAUUCUCGCUGCCGCAAGAAUGCCUCCUUCUCAUCGAUACGUCCUACUCUGAUACGACUGUUCUGCCUGUCUACAAUGGCCAGCUCAUCCAAGCAGCAGUGCGACGGCUUACGGUCGGCGGGAAGCUCUUGACCAACUAUCUCAAAGAGCUAUCAUCGUUGAGACACUACAACAUGAUGGAGGAGACCUACCUACUUAACGAAAUAAAGGAAGCCGUUUCCUUCAUUGUGCCAUCAUACCAGCAGUUUGAGAAGCAUCUGGAGCAAACCUGGAAAGGGAGAGUUGGUGACAAGCGGGCUGUGGAUCCAUCUAUUGUACUAGACUACGUCUUGCCUGACUAUGAGCAUUCCAUCCAUGGCCAUGCGAGACCACAUGAUCCAGCGCAGUCAAAACUGCGUCGAGGUCUGCAACCUCAACAAGGCCCAAAAGAGGACCUGUUGCCGCUUGGAAACGAGCGGUUCGCCGUCCCUGAGCUGCUCUUCAAUCCUUCCGAUAUUGGUAUUGAAGAGUCUGGGCUGCCGGGCGCUAUUAUGGAGGCACUAAGCGUACUGCCGGAAGCAAUCAGAGUGGGAAUGAUGGCUAACGUCGUGGUAGUUGGAGGGAACUCGCUCAUUCCUGGGUUCAUGGAACGACUGGAUUCGGAACUUAGGGCUCUUAUCCCGUCACACUAUCUGCUGAACUUAACAAGGGCGGAAGAUCCUAUAAAACACACCUGGCUGGGUGCGGCAAGAUUUGCCAGCCAGCCGGAGCGAUUGAAGGAGGUCCUGGUUUCAAAGGCUGAGUAUGAUGAGAGAGGAUCAGCAUGGCUAGCAAAAAAGUUUGCUAAUACCUAA